AUGAUCUUCCAAGGAUUGCCAAUCUUUGCCAUCUUCUGCAUUGCUGCUUCUCUGGCUUUGCCAUUUGGAGCACAGAACAACGCGAACAAUGGUAAUGCACAAGGGAACAACCCUGCUGACAAGGUUGUAGAUGGCUUACAAGACCUCGUGAAAUCCGCUGAGUCCUUGCUCGAAAAUGAAUUGAAGAACAUCGCGAACCAGUCUGUACAGAUCUGGGAAGACUUGAAGGGACAGUUAGAGUCGGUCGAGGAUAAUGCCAGUGAGGUCGUUAGCAACGCUACAAAUCUCUUGGGACAUAUUAUCGACAAUCUUAUAAACUCGGCCGCCAAAGUUACGAAAAACGCCCAAAAGAUCGCAGAAAACGAGUUGAACGCAGCCAAUGACCUACUCAAUAAAACUUCUGAGGAUUUGAAAGAUGCUCUUGGAAAGCUUGCGAACGGCACAGAUGACACCGUGAAGGAUGUACAAGACAAAUUGGAAGGACUCCUCGAGAAGGGUGCUGAAGCUCUGAAGAACGCAAGCAACACCUUGGAGAACGUUGUAAAUCAAACGGAAGAGGAUGCCGGUAAAGUUUUCAAUGACAUCAAAAAUACCACAACGAAAGAACUGCAAAAGCUCUUGGAUCAGUUCGCCAAGCUUGUGGAAGAGGCUAAAGAAGAUAUCGAAUCGAUGAACGAGAAUGCAGCCAAGAUUUUAAAGAAAGUGCAAGACGCACUAGCCGAUCUGGAAAAAGAAGUCAGUAAGGUUAUCGGUAAUCUUCUCAAUUCCGUGGGUGACGAGAUAAAGAACAUUGGAGAUACUGUUGGCAAGGUCGGUGCUGAUAUAGCAGAUGUCGUGAACAGCACUGUAUCCGAUCUGAUAGAAGAUGCUAAGAAAAUCGCUGAUGACGUGAUUGAUGAUACCGCGGAGGUCGCGAAAGGUAUUGUCGAUGCUGUGAAUGAUUUGGUAAAGAAUCUGUCGGACGUCGUGGGCCACGUUGAGAAGGCUGUGCAAGACUUUGUUAAUAGUGUGCACAACGGAAUCCACCAGUUUGAGAAAACAGUUAUUGACACCGUUCAGAACGUAGCAAACGGUAUUACGGAUGCCAUUAAGCACACAGAAGAUCUUGUGUCGAAAAUUGUCGAUGAUAUUUUGAAGGAAGUUGGUCACAUCGUAUCCGAAGGUAGCAACUUGGUGCACAAUAUAACCGAAAAGAUCGAACAGGAUGUGGAGAAAGCCGAGACUAUAUCAUCUAAGAUCCUGAAUGAUAUUAAAAAUAAAACGCAAGAGAAAUUGAAAGAGCUUAAUAACGAUAUCGAUAAUUUGAAUGAUGAAGUCGCAGAUGUGAAAAACGCUAUCAAACAAAAGGUACAAAAAAUCGCCGGUAAGAUAGCCGACGCUUUGAACACCUUGGAGGGAGCUGUGAACAGCGUGUUGGAGGGUGUUAAACAGAAAGCUGGCAAGCUUGCGAACGACUUGAAACACAUCAUUGAAUCGAAUGUACAAAAUAUUCUGCAGAAGACCGCCCAAGCUGUGAACGAUGCCGGUAAUACAGCUGGAGAUGUCGAAAAGGCGACAGCUACUGUUUUGAACGACACAUUUUCUGGACUGAAGAAGGAUGCUAAGAAUAUUCUAGAUGAUGCCAAACAAUCUGUCCAUGAUGCAGUUAAUGAUAUUACAGGCCAAAUUUCCAAUGCUCUCGAUAAUGUUAAGAAUACCGCAAAGGGUGCUUUAGAAGACGCUAAACAAAUGAGUUAUCAUCUUGGCGAUGACAUUAGGGACCUGAUUGGCCAUGUGUUACACGAUUCCGGUGAUAUGGUCAAACACAUUUUGGACGAUGUUAACAAAAUCAUCGGCGAUGUUGUCGGUAACACUCAAAAUGUUGUUGAUCAUACAAUUGGAGAUGUAAAGUCUAUCAGUUUUGGCAUUUUCAAUGAUGUAAAGAGUGUGAUUGAAAAUGGAGUGAAUGACGCGGGAAAUGGUGUAAAGGAUAUAAUCGAUGGAAUUCAAAAUGGAGUCGGUGACUUAGUUCACAACUUUGAUAACGCUAGGGACCAGGCUGGUGAUGUUUUGCACCAUAUCAACCACGAUGUUGCACAUACUGCUGAUAAUAUUAUAGGUAACAUAAAUAAAAUUUUACAGAAAACUAUGAAUUAA